ACUCGGCAAUCGCUCGGCCUCCCCCAUCCCCCGGUAACGGUCGCUGGUGAGUUUAAAUGAGCCGGGGCUGGCCGGGCCGGAGCCGCUACGGGGGGGGCCUGAGGCACUGCAGAAAGUGGGCCUGAGCCUCAAGGAUGACGGUGCUGCAGGAACCCGUCCAGGCUGCUAUAUGGCAAGCACUAAACCACUAUGCUUACCGAGAUGCAGUUUUUCUUGCAGAACGACUGUAUGCAGAAGUACACUCAGAGGAAGCCUUGUUUUUAUUGGCAACCUGUUAUUACCGCUCAGGAAAGGCAUAUAAAGCAUAUAGACUCUUGAAAGGACACAGUUGUACUACACCGCAGUGUAAAUACCUGCUUGCAAAAUGUUGUGUUGAUCUCAGCAAGCUUGCAGAAGGGGAACAGAUCUUAUCUGGUGGAGUGUUUAAUAAGCAGAAAAGCCAUGAUGAUAUUGUUACUGAGUUUGGUGAUUCAGCUUGCUUUACUCUUUCAUUGUUGGGACAUGUAUAUUGCAAGACAGAUCGGCUUGCCAAAGGAUCAGAAUGUUACCAAAAGAGCCUUAGUUUAAAUCCUUUCCUCUGGUCCCCCUUUGAAUCAUUAUGUGAAAUAGGUGAAAAGCCAGAUCCUGACCAAACAUUUAAAUUAACAUCUUUACAGAACUUUAGCAACUGUCUGCCCAGCUCUUGCACAACACUAGUAUCUAAUCAUAGUUUAUCUCAUAGACAACCCGAGACCGUUCUUACAGAAACACCCCAGGACACAAUUGAAUUAAACAGACUGAAUUUAGAAUCUUCCAAUUCAAAGUACUCCUUGAAUACAGAUUCCUCAGUGUCUUAUAUUGAUUCAGCUGUAAUUUCACCAGAUACUGUCCCUCUUGGAACAGGAACUUCCAUAUUAUCUAAACAGGUUCAAAAUAAACCAAAAACUGGUCGAAGCUUAUUAGGAGGACCAGCUGCUCUUAGCCCAUUAACCCCAAGUUUUGGGAUUUUGCCAUUAGAAACCCCAAGUCCUGGAGAUGGAUCCUAUUUACAAAACUACACUAAUACAUCUUCUGUAAUUGACGUGCCAUCUACUGGAGCCCCUUCAAAAAAGUCUGUUGCCAGAAUCGGCCAAACUGGAACAAAGUCUGUCUUCUCACAGAGCGGAAAUAGUCGAGAGGUAACUCCAAUUCUUGUUGCACAAACACAAAGUUCUGGCCCACAAACAAGUACAACACCUCAGGUAUUGAGCCCCACUAUCACAUCUCCCCCAAACGCACUGCCUCGAAGAAGUUCGCGACUCUUUACUAGUGACAGCUCUACAACCAAGGAGAAUAGCAAAAAGUUAAAAAUGAAGUUUCCACCUAAAAUCCCAAACAGAAAAACUAAAAGUAAAACUAACAAAGGAGGAAUAACUCAACCUAACUUAAAUGAUAGCCUGGAAAUUACAAAAUUGGACUCUUCCAUCAUUUCAGAAGGGAAAAUCUCCACAAUCACACCUCAGAUCCAGGCAUUUAAUCUGCAGAAAGCAGCAGCAGAAGGUUUGAUGAGCCUUCUUCGUGAAAUGGGGAAAGGUUAUUUAGCUCUGUGCUCGUACAACUGCAGAGAAGCUAUAUAUAUCUUGAGCCACCUACCUUCUCACCACUACAAUACUGGUUGGGUACUGUGCCAAAUUGGAAGGGCCUAUUUUGAACUUUCAGAGUACAUGCAGGCUGAAAGAAUAUUCUCCGAGGUUAGAAGGAUUGAGAAUUACAGAGUCGAAGGCAUGGAGAUCUACUCUACAACACUUUGGCAUCUUCAGAAAGAUGUUGCUCUUUCAGUUCUUUCAAAAGACUUAACAGACAUGGAUAAAAAUUCACCAGAGGCCUGGUGUGCUGCAGGGAACUGUUUCAGUUUGCAACGGGAACAUGAUAUUGCAAUUAAAUUCUUCCAGAGAGCUAUCCAGGUUGAUCCAAAUUAUGCUUAUGCCUAUACUCUACUAGGGCACGAGUUUGUGUUAACUGAAGAAUUAGACAAAGCAUUAGCUUGUUUUCGAAAUGCUAUCAGAGUCAAUCCGAGACAUUACAAUGCAUGGUAUGGCUUAGGAAUGAUUUAUUACAAGCAAGAAAAAUUCAGCCUUGCAGAAAUGCAUUUCCAGAAAGCACUUGAUAUCAACCCUCAAAGUUCAGUUUUACUUUGCCACAUUGGAGUAGUUCAGCAUGCACUGAAAAAAUCUGAGAAGGCUUUGGAUACCCUAAACAAAGCCAUUGUUAUUGAUCCCAAGAAUCCUCUAUGCAAAUUUCACAGAGCCUCAGUUUUAUUUGCAAAUGAAAAAUAUAAGUCCGCUUUACAAGAACUUGAAGAAUUGAAACAAAUUGUUCCCAAAGAAUCCCUCGUUUACUUCUUAAUAGGAAAGGUUUACAAGAAGUUAGGUCAAACGCACCUCGCCCUGAUGAAUUUCUCUUGGGCUAUGGAUUUAGAUCCUAAAGGAGCCAAUAACCAGAUUAAAGAGGCAAUUGACAAGCGCUACCUUCCAGAUGAUGAGGAGCCAAUAACCCAAGAAGAACAAAUCAUGGGAACAGAUGAAUCCCAGGAGAGCAGCAUGACAGACGCAGACGACACACAACUUCAUGCAGCUGAAAGUGAUGAGUUUUAACUUCCGGAAACCAGACUUUUGCAACUGGAUGUGUGAUUAGUGCUGACAUGUUUCUUGUCCCUCCAUAUACUGAGUCUUCACUCUUGAGCCGGCAGUGUCAUCAUCCAUCACUUAGACAAUGAGUGUGCCACUUUCAUUGGACCCUGACUGUACACAGAAUGAAAGGCAGUGCAAUAUUUAGCUGCUAACAAGACUGGCUCUUUCACCAGUACGAAUGACAAUUUAGGGGGGUAAGAUGGGGAACUUUCUUUUCUUUUCUUUUUUUUUUUUUUCUUUAAUCUCCCUUUGUUGAAAGCUAUCAUGGAAGGAAGAGUUAACGUUUUAUCUUGAAGGAACCGUUAGGUAUGGAAAAUAGUGAUGAACCAGAAUUUUUUGGUCGUUUUCCAAAAAUUUGUUUUCAUUUGGUUCUAUUCCUGAUUAACAGAGUGACUGACCUUCGUUUCUAGGUUCUUCAAGAAUGGUGUUAGCAAGUGCCAGAUGGAACAAUAAAAGACAUUGCCUAUAACAGAGUAACUUGAUUGCCAAGGAAUGUAAAUUACCUUAAACUUGCAGUGUCUCCCAUAAACAAAUGUAAUGGGCAUAUUGGGACUCAUGUGUAGGAAUCAACUAUCCCUCCAUACAGCGUACACUUAUUCUUGGCAAGAAUGCUUUAAUGUCUAACCAAGAAUUUUAAUUUAUUCAUCUUGCUUCAAAGUGUUGAUCAUUGUCUUGGUAUUGCAAACUUUCAAGUUGUUCCCUUACCAUUUUGCCUCUUCUCUUUGAGCUCUGUGGGAUCACCUUAAACAUUCAGAGAUGAUAGAGUGUUUGCCCACUGAAAAGCCAAAACAAGGCCCUUAAUAACCAUUUAUGUUCACCAUAAGAAUCAAAAUGAGAACACUAAAGUGGAGAGACUUAAAAGAGAUCAUGAUAGCAAAGCCUUAAUGCAAUCAAAAUUGUACCAUGACCUUGAAUCUAUAUUUGUUCAAGAAAGUAUCCCUUUGACUUUUCUAAGUGUUUAAGCAGGGUGCAAGAAUGUGUAGUUACCUUUGGUUGAGGUCAUUUCCAUUCUUUUCAGCUCUCUGCUUCAAAUUAUUUUCAGUAGUGUGAGUCACCAAAAUGUUUACCAAGAGUGAUUGGGUUUAGGAUAUUAGAAAUUUUUAGCUGGGGGGAAAAAAAAAACAACCAUUCUUAUGAAGGAGAUGAGUUCUCUCCUGAGUGUGUCGUAAUAUAGGUUGGUGUCUUUGGGGAAUGGCCACAAUUUUAAAGAUCUAAUUAUGCAUAAUAAAAUGGGAAUUAUUGGAAUUUCACAGUAACAGAUUUAAAGUCUUAAAUUGUGUAUCUCCUUUAUUGUAAUGUAUUGAAAUUUUUAGAGGAACUUUAGUUGUUAACAUUUUUUUAAGUGCCAAUGUCAGAAUAUAACAAAUUAUAGUUUCUUACGAAUGACAGGCCUACGGUUAUUAUUUUGGAUUCUUUGAUGAAGGACAAAUUUAUCUACUGGUUACCUGUACUUGUUAGUCAAGUUGUGAAAAUAAGGUGGACUACAGAAGAUGUGAAGAAAAUUUUAGCCUGUAGACUCAGUUACUUUCUAUCAUUUACUAUUAAUCUCACUUGAAUGUGGAUUAGAUACCAUUAUAAAUUAAUUCAAGUCCGAGUCUUAGAUUAGGUAAUUGGUGCCAGAGAGGUAUUUAACAAAAUUUCGUACCUAAAUCUAUGUAAUAUGUGCUGCUUAAAAAAAUAAUUUAUAAGAAAAAAGAAAGUUUGGGAGUAAAUGAAGAUCAUUAAAAAUUCCCAAAGGCUAGCACUUGGAUUCUAACAAAUAUUCCAUUUUAUUCAUUAGUUCUGUAAUAUUUAAUUUUAUACUCUUUUAUUUUUUUUAAUUGGCAAAUCAUAAGCCAGCGCUAUAACAGUAUCAAAUAGAGAAUUUCAUAGAAAGCUUCAACCUGAGCUCUGUUACAAACCCUGGAGAACGCUAAGCUCAGAACAUAAUUUGCUGAUGAAUAGUUAUCUUUUCUAUAGUAGGAAUUUAUGUCCUGUGCCAGAGGUGAGAGCCUUUCUGGUACUUAUUUUGAGACCAAGCAUAAAAAGAUAGUUGUGGAGGGUACACCAUGGCAGUGGCUGGCUGAGGGACACUCAGCCCAAGCUUAGCCUGAUUUCAUUUUCCUCACACCUACUUUCAAAAUAUUUAGGUAUUUGAAGCCUUAUUCCCACCUAGUAACUGUUUUUGGCUUGCUUGUUUUUUGUUUUGUUUUGGUUUGGGGUUUUUUUGCUUUUUUUUUUUCUUUUUUUGCCUGGAAUGAAGAUCAAACAAUCAGAAAAAGACAUACGUUUUGAUCAAGCAAAAUGUUUGAAAUUUCAGAAGUUACUUUGAAGGAAAUUUAAAAUACAAGAACUUUAACAUCCUUUUUUAACUCUAAGCUUUUCACACACAUACAUAUAUGUAUACACACACACACUCUUGUUCAGAAGUUAUGUUGUGGCAUUGGAUAUUUUUCCCCCUUGGAAAUAGUUCUUAACUCUGGGAUUUUAGAAGGUUGGAAAUAUUUUUUCAAGCGAACAAUGGUACUCAAAAUAAUGAAAGGUGGUCCCUACUUUUUCUGUAUUUCAUUAUUUUAAAAUUCUUGUUUUUUCCAAGAACUGCAAGUUACAUUUGAACCAUGCUGCUGUUGUACCUUAAACAAAAACUCAGUGAUAACCAGUAUUUAGUCUAUUAAAAAUGCUCUUUUUGAAGAAAAAA